AGCUCUAUCUGCCAUAAUAUCAUACCUUGAAGUUGAGCAUCAGAAACGUCUUUCUAAUCUUAAUCCUGAAGAAGCUGAAAAUCUUAAGUUUGACCAAGAACGCUCUAUUAUAAAUACUAUGACACUUAAAUGCUAUGAUGAAAAGAGUGUAAUAAAAGAGUUAGAGGCCAAAGAUAUUGUGCAAUAG